UAUACACCAUCUCUCUAGUGCUGAGUAUAUAAAUAAUAAUAAUAAUAAUCGAUGUUGCUAUACUUAACAUGCAUAACCUAUUAAAAAGCCAUCAAUGACAAUAAGCGAAAGUAUACAGACCUAGGCAAAUGAAAUGAAGAGAAUGUGGAAUUUAGAUGACGUCACAGUAGUACCAAUUGUACUGUCUACUACGGGACUUAUACCGAAGGAUCUUCAUAGAAGUAUUGAAAUACUAGGACUGCAACCAAAUAUUUUUAAGCUACUACAGAAAGCUGUUAUAUUGAUCAUCAUCCGAAUAAUGCGACGAUUCUUAAGCCAAGAAUAG